CAGCCAUCCGCGCGCUUGACCCCUGCAGCUGUCAUUGGGUACAAUGUCAGCCUGAGAGACAGACUGAUGUUUUCACUCACAAGAAAACACAGUAGCUGCCGACGUCCUCACGUGCUCAGUUAAUCAUCUGCCCACGCCAGGAUGCAGAGAAAUGUUUCCGCCUGUUUGCCGUCAGUCUUUCUUUCUUGACUGGUGGAUGUAGACGCCACUGCUGGUUUGUUUUUUCAAGUUUUUACCCGGCGCUUCCGUGUUUUUGACAUAUCAAGGUGUGAUUUUUUUUAAAAAAAAUUUCUCCUCCUCGGGAAGCGCCUGGUGAUCAUUUUGUGGCCACGCGCAGCAGUAAUGCGAGCAGAGGAGCUGGAGGCUGGCGGAGACCGGGACUGAGCGGCUGAUAAACCGUGCGCGUCUUUUCUUUCUUGGACACAUCUUUCGGAGAGAUAUAACUGUGGUUUGGCGUCCUCAGCCCGCGCUCUCUUCUUGGCAUUGCGAUGUCCACGAGGAAGACAUCGUUGACGGACAAGCAGGCUAAAAACGGGACGUCAAAAUAUGUGUUGGAGAGAUGCGCUUCUAUUAACGAGUAUUAUGAUAUUGCCUUCAAGGUGAUGCUGCUGGGAGACUCGUCCGUGGGGAAGACGUGCGUCUUGGUGCGCUUUAAAGAUGGGGCAUUUCUGGGAGGCAACUUUAUAGCCACCGUUGGAAUAGACUUUAGGAAUAAAGUGGUGGAUGUCGACAACCUUAAAGUCAAACUCCAGAUCUGGGAUACAGCUGGCCAAGAGAGAUUCCGAAGCGUAACACACGCCUACUACAGAGAUGCCCAGGCGUUACUUCUGCUUUAUGAUAUCACCAGCAAGAUGUCGUUUGACAAUAUCAGGGCUUGGCUGACUGAAAUACAAGAGUAUGCCCAGAAGGAUGUGGUCAUCAUGUUGCUCGGCAACAAGUCAGACAUGGCUGCAGAGAGGGUUGUGAAGACAGAGGAAGGAGAGAGGCUGGCGAAGGAAUAUGGUGUACCAUUUAUGGAGACCAGUGCGAAGACAGGAGUCAAUGUGGAGCUGGCCUUUCUCGCUGUAGCAAAGGAGCUGAAGCACAGAGCGACACAGCAGCCGAAUGAGCCCAAGUUCCAGAUACAUGACUACAUCGAGUCUCAGAAGCACAAGUCUGGCUGCUGCGGCCUCAUGUAGCUGAUGCUGAUCACCAGGCAGAGAGAGACACACAGAGAGAGAUGAGGAGAGGAGGGGAGGGAGGGAGUGGGAAUGAGGUAAACAAACAAAAGUCUGCUCUCUUUCGAAAAGCCAAUCCCAGCACCAAACCUGAGAAGUGGACAACCUUGUCUUCUCCACUGAGCCUUUAGCUUGAAUGGAAUCUGGACUGGCUGCCAUCCCUUAUCUGAAAUGUGAAUUUAAAUCUCUCUUAUGUCAUGCGUAGAAAUGUUUGUAGUCUUUGUGGUGAAAGUUGUAUCAAACUACAAGUCAGGAGUUACAAUCUGAAAUGCUAUAUCCAUCUGCAGGGACAAACAGAAAACAUUUAUCAUUCUAUCUUACAUAGCUGCAGAAAUCUAAAUUCAUCAUUGUUAAUGCAAAAUAUGGCAUCUGUGUUCAUGUAGAUCUGAAGAAUUUUUAAAAAUUAUUUUGGGGUAGGAGGUGUCUGCGACAUAUUACACUUAAGGGGUAACUGCACCCUCAAAUUCUGCUCGAACCUACAGUGUCAGUACAAAAUAUCUUGAUUAGGGGAAGUAACCCUUGUGUAUUUAAAUUGUUUCUCAGUGCUUGCAAAUGCUUAAGCUACCAGCAGGGGUCCGUGUCAAGCAGCAGCCUCCAUGGCUAAGAACUUCUUAGGAACACCAUUCAACGUUUUUUUUUCCAGUUUUUUCCAGUGGCCACUGGAAAAAAUCUGGCCCAAAAGGCAUUUUCCUCUUAGACCACCAUUAUAAGAGGGACAUCUGUAAAACUGUUGACAGGACACCUCGACUGCCAUCAAGGUCAAUACUGACUCUUUCUAAUAUCAAGUUUUGAGCCAUGGAGACAUCUUUGGAAAAAUGAAGCCAGCACGGCAACAUAUCCUCAUUCAAUAGUUUGUGUAUCUUACAAAAAUGCAGGUAAUGGUUCUAUGAUAUCCUAUGAAUUAGCACCAAUGACUUGGUACCGCUACUGGUUAAGUUAGUUUUCUGUUAAGGGCUAUAGCAUUGUCACAUUGUGAAGCCCGUUUGUCACAUAAUUAACAUAAAGUUACAUAUGUUAGGGUAAGUAAGCUUAUAGAGUACCCCAGUAAUGAGUCUUAAAACAUGGAAAGCUUUUAGCAUUUUGCCACCUCCUGAUCCCUCUUCUCAGAGUGACGGAUUUUUAAACAGGUUUUUGGUUCGAUGUCUUAAAUAAGGUCUGUGGUUGACAAGCUUAAGAGACUUUCACGUUUUGUUCUAUGACAUAAAAUACGUCUGUAAAUACCCCACUUGCAAACUUUGAAGCUUGUGUAUGUCUUAUAAAAUGUGGUUGCUAACAAGUGGCUAAAGGAGACUUCAGAACAUCGUCACGCUGAGUAGUUCAUUUUAGCCUAGCAAUAGCUUUUUACUUCUGGCAAUUGCAUUUAGGCUUCAAAAAUCCAGAAAGUGGUGUGAGUUUGUGAAGAUUAUCUUGCUGAACAAAAUGCGUAAGUACCACAAAUGCUUGUUUACCACAGAGCUUAUUACCUGUAAUCAUUCUGAAACCAAUGGAAAAAUCCCAUAGGCCUUUUUUACGAGGGAACCAGGGUGACAUUAGCUUGCUGAAGCACUCUAUGGAGGUUAGUUUAAGAAAAAAAUCAUGGUUGACAAUUGUCAUGUUGCUUACUUCACAUAAAGUUCCUUACUUAACAUAACAUGAUGAUACCUUAAAAAUAACCACUUGGUUUCACACAGGACUUAAACAUCAGUCUCCAGAAGGAAAGUCCUAUAUUUGUUUGACCCAUUCACCACCCCAACCUGCCUCCUUACGCAGACUUUUGCUCUUUAAACUGCUUCCUUCUUUACUCCUGUCAGCACAUUCAUCACGUGUUUGUAGCCUUCACGAUUAAGUGAGUUACAUGCAAAUUCUGGUGCAAUACUUUUCAUAGGUAUACAUAUGAUUAGUGCAGAACAGCCUGGACGCGAAUUGCCAAAAAACUGCACCAAUAUGGCGAUAAUCAAACUGCCAAAUUCGUGGAACCCCUCAAAUAGGGUGUCUACUAACUGAUAGGUUAUGUUACGGUGGCUACAUCCAUUAUUUUUAUACAGUCUGUGCUCAGUAUAUGUAAUAGACCAGGGAGCCUAUUUGUCAGUGUUAGGAAGGGCCCAGGAAAUUUAGCUGAACCAAACUUUUAAAUUUGAGCAGGCACAUUUAAAAAGAGAUCUAUAUUAACAGCGUAUAGCAACAAGAAUCAAAGUGAUCACAUGUACAGAACAAAAAUAUAAUUAGUAUAUAGUACCUAAUUAAAACCGGCAGGACCCUGCUUGACCUCAUGUUUGUAAUAAAACAGUUUCCAGUUGCUGUAACUUGAAAUUUUGCUGUUUAAUUGAGUUCAGUAACCUUUUCCAAAGUGAUCUUAUCUACUUUAGCUUUGUUUGUCCCGGCUGAAAGCGGUGCAUCACAAAGCAAAGUUUGGCCAUAUUCUCAGAACUGUCGCCUUUUCCAUCCUGCAGUUUGCAGGUCCGACUCUUGACAAAUGACAGUUUUUAUAUAAACAAUCGAUACGACUGUUGGUUUGGAUAUAGCAUUUUGCCAUGCAGCUCUUAGUUUGUUUCCAUCCCUGUUUUUCCAGGCUGUGAACUGAAUCCCUUUUGGCCUUACAGUCUUCAUUUUAUUCUUUGACAAUUCAGUGUGUUUGAGAAGUGGACUUCAGUCUCACAGUCAGAUUGUAGCUAAAAUUAUCCCAUCUGUUCACAUCUGUACUGCUGUUAGAUAGAAUAAAGCCAACUUUUUGAGGGCGCUCGCCCGCUGUGUGUCUGUCUGUACAUUCAAUUCAGGGCCAGUGAAACUUCAUUCAAAGUACUGUACAUGUAAAUGUGCUGGAGCAUCAUCCCACCAGGCUUCAUACAAAGAGAUAUAAACAUCAUUUUACAUCCUUGGUUAGAGAUUCAUCUGCAUGCUAUUUGCCUUUUAUACACACACACACACACACACACACACACACACACACACACACACACAAAUACACACAGAUGCUCACCACUCUCCCAAACAUUGUUGUGUCUCCUUUAAUGAUGGCUGUUGUUGUCAAAAUUGUACCGAAGCUGUAUUUGUUCUUGCACCACAUCGUGUAACUCGUUUCUUUGUACUAUGUUCAUUAUGAAUGUUUACUUGUCGAACUUGCUUAAUGUCACAUUUGUCCCUCUUCCUCUGAGACGUCACGGUGAUCACAAAGUGCCAUGAAAAAGUGCUUUGUUAUCAUAUUAUAUAUAAAAAGUAUAUUUUGUAAUGUA